CAGUUUUAAAACUAAAUUCACUGUUUAACAUAUGUGGACUUUUAGGAUCCACUAAAAGCAUUCAGUAUAUCUAUUCCAGAUUGCAGUUUCCAGCUCUCCAAACCUUGCUUUUCCCUCUUUUCUUUCGUUCUUAGAACCUCAUUUACUUCUUCCAUUCUGUUCUUCGGUUUUUAUGGCUUUUUGCAUAAUGGGUGUUUGUAUAUACUUCAAUUAGUAGGAUUUCUGAGUUGGGUUUUUGAUUUUAUUGAAGAAAGAUUGAAUCCUGGUGAUAUUUAGGAAGAUGAUGCCGGCGACAUGCCAUAAUCUUGAGUUUGGUCGAACUAGUUUUGUUGAUUUCAGUGCUUGUGGGUGUUCUUUUAGUUCUUCAUUUCCUUCAAGAAAUUAUGCAAGAAAAGUGAUUAGGAGUGCAAAUAGGGGUGCCGGAAAAGUGAUAUCUUGCCGCCGGGAUGAUAAUAUUGCAAAGUGUAGAGUGUUUUCCACUGAAGCUCCUGAGACUUUGCUUAAUGGUACUCCACCAACAUUAAGUGGGAAGAAAGAAUCAAGGAGCCUGAAUUCUCCAUCAGAUUUGUUUGAAGUUGUUUCUGAUGAUCUUUUAACAUUGAACAAGAAUCUACAAUCUAUCGUUGGCGCAGAAAAUCCGGUCUUAAUGUCGGCAGCUGAACAGAUAUUUAGUGCUGGUGGGAAGAGAAUGAGACCCGCCUUGGUUUUCUUAGUGUCAAGAGCCACAUUGGUGCUUGCCGGUUUAGAGGAACUCACAAGAGAACAUAGGCGUUUGGCGGAGAUCAUUGAAAUGAUUCAUACUGCAAGCUUAAUACACGAUGACGUGUUGGAUGAAAGUGACAUGAGAAGAGGCCAAGAAACCGUCCAUCAGAUAUACGGUACACGAGUGGCUGUUCUAGCUGGUGAUUUUAUGUUCGCACAAUCGUCAUGGUACCUGGCGAAUCUUGAAAAUCUGGAGGUCAUAAAGCUUAUUAGCCAGGUUAUCAAAGAUUUUGCAAGCGGUGAAAUAAAGCAGGCGUCAAGUUUGUUCGAUUGUGAUGUUGAACUCGAUGAAUAUUUGAUCAAGAGCUACUACAAAACCGCCUCGUUGAUUGCCGCUAGUACGAAAGGCGCAGCGAUCUUUAGUGGGGUCGGCAAGGAUGUCUGCGAGCAGAUGUAUCAAUAUGGCAAGAACCUGGGCCUGUCGUUCCAAGUCGUGGACGACAUCUUGGAUUUCACACAAUCGGCUGAGCAACUGGGAAAGCCAGCUGGCAGCGACCUGGCGAAAGGAAACCUAACCGCGCCCGUGAUUUUCGCUCUCGAAAAAGAGUCGAAACUGCGAGAGAUCAUCGAGUCGGAGUUUUGUGAAACGGGGUCUCUUGAUGAAGCUAUUGAACUGGUGAUGGCUAGUGGUGGGAUAGAAAGGGCUCAGAUGCUAGCCAAACAGAAAGCUGAUGCUGCAAUCCAGUGUCUCAAUUGCUUGCCUCAGGGUGCGUUUCGGCUAGCCCUUGAGGGGAUGGUUAAGUUCAACCUUGAGCGUAUUGACUAAACGGUUCUGAAUUUGGGAAAAUGGUCGAGAUUUAAAGCCGCUAAUGGCAGGGUUCAGGAUGAUGGCUCGAUCUGUGGUUGAGACCGUCAAUGAACGACUGUUGUUUUUUUUUUUUUGCGAUUCCGGGGUAUUCUUGGUCUCCGAUCGGUUUAUCGUAUAACAUAUGGUAAUGAAAUUAUAGGAAAUUCAUAUAAUUGUAAGAAAGGAAAUAAAAUGUUCAUGAGUGUUGUAUACUAAUUAUAUUCUUUAAAGAUGAUCAUGA